UAAAAAUAUAACAAAAGAAGAAGAAGAAGAAGAAGAAGAAGAAGAAGAUGAUGAUGAAGAAGAAGAAGAAGAAAUAGGAGGAUGAGGAGGAUGAGGAGGAGGAAAGAGAAAUUAUAAAAAGGAGAAAAGAAUUCCAACAACGAAGGGUCUCCUCGGAAGAUAUAGAAGAACGUUGCUCGUGAUAUCGAUCUCCGAUCGAUCGAUCGAUCGAUCGAUAUAUAUGAAAGCUCUCUUGUCGGGAUAAAUACGACACGUAUUAUGAACAUACAGGUGUACUAAACCUCGACGAUAGUUAUACAUGUUCGAUCGUUGUCGCUUUGCAACGUAACGACUCGCGUCUCACGAGAAACCCUUUCAAGCCGUCCAACCGUAGGAAACUUCGUAAACGAUACGAUACAUUCGGCCGUAUCGAUUCUCCCCUCAAACAACCACCCACCCACUCACCCAUCUACCCACUCACUCAUCAUUCCUCCCUCACUCACUCCAUUCUUAUACCUCUCUCUUUCUCUCUUUCUCUCUGUCACACAAACGUUAAGCAGAGUCAGAAAAUUUUUUAUUCUCUCUCUAUCUAUCUAUUUAUCUAUUUUUUCGUUUAUCUAUCUAUCUAUCUAUCUAUCUAUCUAUCUUUCUCACCUUCACCAAAAUCUCGAUCGACAAAUGAUAAUAAUAAUAAUAAUAAUAAUAAUAAUAAUAAUAAUAAUAAUAAUAAUAAUAAUAAUGAUAAUAAUGAUGAUGUCGAGUUCAAAUCAUUCCUACUUCUCGUUUCUUUUAAUUUCGACAAGAGAAAAAGAUUUUUGGAAGUGGCAUUAUCAUCAAUCGCGAAGAUCGUCUAUAAAGAUUUAUUAGAAUUAUUCUACACUCGAAGAAACAAAGGAUCGAUCGAAGUAUAUUCUUUCUUUAUGAUCGUUUAAGAUCGAUAUCGAUCGAUGAUAUUCAUCGAUAGAUAUUAUUUACCGAACGAUUCAUCAUUCGAGAAAUUCACGUAUCUAUAAACUACACUCCUCUUCAAGAUGAUUAGAGAGAUCAAGAAUGGAAGAAACGAAGAUCCAAAAGGGAAUCCUUCCUAUGGAGGAUGUCCACAGUUUCUGUUCGGAAUACGGCGGGGCGUUAGCGACGAUUUGAAUUCGAGCGCCCUUCGCGCCAUUCGUUACGGCAGAUGCACGAAGGUCAAAAGUAUUUUAAAAAUAAGGCCGUAGGCAUUGGCAGAUUGGUAUGGCAGUGGACGUUAAGGGUCGGAUGGCGUUGUAAUGGCAAAAAGUUUGCGAAAGGGUCGGGAUUGGAGAUAGACAAGAUGGACCAGCAGUAUUGCCUACGGUGGAACAAUCACCCAGCCAACCUUACUGACGUUCUCAGUUCACUGCUUGCCAGAGAGGCACUUUGUGAUGUUACCUUGGCAUGUGUUGGAGAAACUUUUAAGGCACACCAGACGAUACUCUCUGCAUGUAGUCCAUACUUUGAGACUAUUUUCCUCCAGAAUACCCAUCCUCAUCCAAUUAUAUUCCUGAAGGAUGUCAACGAUACAGAAAUGAAAGCAUUGCUGCACUUUAUGUAUAAGGGAGAAGUAAAUGUUAGUCAGCAUCUAUUACCGAUGUUCCUCAAAACAGCAGAGGCAUUACAAAUCAGAGGCCUCACAGAUAAUAGUGUAAAUAACAAGACAGGAGAAAAAAGUCCGUCGCCAGAGCCAGAAGCACAAACCGGUGGCAGGCACACCGAUUCGCCUAAUCUCCAAUCACAUCCUGAAAAGAGGAAAAGAAAAUUUUCUGGCAGCUAUGAUGUUUCUCUUACUGGGCCUCCUAGCGAAAGAUUCAUGUCUGAUUCACAGGCAUCUUCGCAAUGUAAUUAUAAAUCAAGUCCACCUGUUAUUCCAAAGGUAAAUAAUGCCCUGGGAACAGAAUUAGAGGAUGGUGGUCGACCUAUGUCUCCUGCAUCUCAACCACAAGCUCCUAUCAAGCAAGAAUUAGACCACCACUUAUCUGAUUUCCAUGACAAUAUCUCCCUCCCAGGUCAUACGGUUGGACUAUUAGGAGACGAUGGCGGACCUACGGCGGGGGCUCUAAGUGAUGGGGUAUCUGGAAUUGAAUCGUCUGAACACCAUAAUCCUCCUGAAAUGCUCGAUGGACUUGAUGGUUCAAAAGCCUGGCACAUGCGGCUGACCUUUGACCGGGUGCCAGGCGGCUGCAACCUUCACAGGUGCAAGCUGUGCGGCAAGGUCGUGACGCACAUCAGGAACCACUACCACGUCCACUUCCCCGGCAGGUUUGAGUGUCCUCUCUGUCGUGCCACGUACACACGUAGCGAUAACCUGCGCACGCACUUUAAAUUCAAACACCCCGAGGCAAGAAAGAUCGAUCUUAACGAUUUCAUGGCCAACUCGUUGGCGCUAUCAGCGACGAGUAACGAUACCAUGAACACACUAUCCUAAAAGCGCGAGAAUUUCAAAAUACAUCUUACAUGUAUAUGUGUGUGUGUGUGUAUAUAUAUAUAUAUAUAUAUAUUUAUGUACAUAUAUAUGUAUGUAUAUAUACACAUAUAUAUAUAUAUGUAUAUAUGUAUAUGUAUAUGUUUAUAUACAUACACGCACAGAGAUACGCGAACCGAUUUACAUAACAUACCUUCUAACAAUUCGUUUGCUACUUCCUCGUUAAAUGAUAUAUGGGCGGGCGCGUAAGAAUAAGUGAUGAUCGACCACGCAUACUCACGCGUCGCUGCUGCACACGCAUAUCUAUAUCUAUAUCUAUAUAUAUAUAUAUAUAUAUAUAUAUAUAUAUAUAUAUUAUAUACACACAUCUAUACGUGAAAAGCGCGUUGUUCUAUCUUAGGAUAUAUAUAUAUAUAUAUAUAUAUAUAUAUAUAUAUAUAUAUAUGCGUGUGCGUGUGCGUGCUUAUGUAUGUGUAUAUAUAUAUAUAUAUAUAUAUAUAUAUAUAUAUAUAUAUAUACAUAUAUAAGCAACAUCGUUGAUAUAAAGAGCCUGAUUUUAUAUAUAUAUAUAUAUAAAAUAUAUAUAUAUGUAUAAGGGAUGCAGAAAGAUAUGGCCACACGGAGGAACGACCACGCGGCGGAGGCCGUUCUCUCUCUCGGCUUCUUGUUUUUUAUUUUUAAUUUUUUUUUUUUCUUUUUUUUUUAAACCUUUCUUUUGUUUUUAUUUCUUUUUUCUUUUUUUUUUCCUUUUUUUUUUUCAUAUCUUCUUUUUUUUUUCUUCUUCUUCUUCUAAUUUUUUUCUUCGUCGAAACACCAAAUCUUUUCUUGUAAGUUCUAUGCUUGAGCUUCCCUCAGGUUUGUUGUGGGCCUACCUUCGCUAGAAUCUGUCAAUGCGAGUGAAAGAUUUAGGCCCCUUAAAUAGGUGAUUGGGGGUUAGAUUUUUUCCUCGAAUGUGAUGAUAAUAAGUUAUUAAAGGGGGAAUGAAAUAACUCGCAUUCGCGAUUUAUCAUAUAAACACUUGUUUGUCAUUCGUCGUCAUUGUCGUCGUCGCCCAUCUUUCUCUCGCUUGUCGUAUUAGUAAAAGAAAAUGAUGAAAAGAAAAGAAGGGAAGGGGAAAGAACAAAAAGAAAAAAAAAAAAACAAGAAAACAAGUCAAACAGAACGAAAGAUAACAAAUUGCGAAGAAAGAGAGGUGGGUGUCGGCAAUGAUGAUGACGUACGUAAAAUAAAAACGAAAACAAAAGGAAAAAAAAGAAAAAAAGAAAGGAAAAAGAAAGGGCCAAAAAAGAAAAAAAGAGAGAGAGA